GAAUGCCUUGCUGCGUUUAAUUUCGCGAUGUUUUGAUGAGUUCUUUUGGUAAAGGCGGCUCCUUGCUCAUCAAAGGGGAGGCUUUAUGGGUUCUUGUUUACUUGAAUUGUGUAUGAAGUCUGAGGUUUGGUUGGUAGUUUGCAAAAUUCUGAUGGGGAUUACCUGUAGAUUGUAGGUUGUGUCAGAAAACUAUGCCUGGGGGUCAUUUUGCCGGAAUUCAAGGCAUGACCUGUGAUUUCUGCAUAGUGGUUAUUUGGCUGCUUGAGUCUAUCCAUCUCAUCAAACUAUCCUUGCAGUGUUGAGCUUGGAUUCAGUUAAAAUGCUUGGGUCAAGUUCAGUUCGUUUGGUUGUCAUUUGUUUGCACAUAGGACUAUGAAUUCUUCACUAGGCAUAAAAGAUUAAAGAACAUCUACAUGGGAUCUUUAGUGUGUUUCUAUGUAUUCUGUAAUUUGGUGAGUAUGAAUUCCACGCCUUCUUAUAAUCUCCUGGGUUAAGCAGUGAAUUCCUCUUUCAUUGUGUCUUUACUGUUGUUAUAGAGUAUCUUUGUGCAAAGGUUGCCCCAUUUCCUGAGUCAUAUCUGCACCUGUCCGUAUCCUGAGUUCAUAUGUUUAUAUGUUAAAUGAGUGCUAGGAUCUUCAGUUAAGUCUGUUUUUGUUUCCAGCUAUGCUAUCAUGUUCCAUGUCUAGCAAUCUGCUUUUCCUUUGCACAGCUGAUAAGAAAUAUUGCGCCUGUUUGAUUUUAUUAACAAGACUGUUCAGUGUUUCAACUAAAAUACUGGGUUUGCUACUUUACUUUAAAAAUUUCAGUCUGAAUUAGAAUUACCACCAGCAUGGCCGGGACCGACAACCGCAGAGCAUUGAUGGAGGAUUGGAUGCUUCCUUCACCCAGCCCAAGAACACUGAUGUCAAGCUUCUUGAACGAAGAAUACAGCUCUGGUCCAUUCUCCAGCAUCUUUGGUGACAAUAGCAGUAACAAACCACAGGAUGGAAUUGAGAAGAGCAAAACUUUUGGUUAUCCGAGCGUGGAAGAAACUGUUCAAGAUACAAAAGCCCCUCUGCAGCUUGAAUCAAACCUUUUUAUCGCAAAUCAGAAAUCAAUCUCACAUGGAGGUCUUGCAGAGAGGAUGGCUGCCAGGGCCGGUUUUGGAGUCCUGAAAAUUGACACAUCUCGUGUCAGUUCUCCUGCGCCAAUUCGGUCUCCUGUGACCAUACCACCAGGUGUGAGUCCAAGGGAGCUUCUGGAGUCACCAGUCUUUCUACCCAAUGCCAUUGCGCAACCUUCUCCUACGACCGGCAAGUUGCCUUUUCUGAUGCCUAAAAACUUUAAAUCAAUGAUAUCCUCGGUACCCAAGAAGGCUGAAGAUCAAUCGCAUGAUGAUUGUGCAUUUUCCUUUCAGCCUAUUUUGAGGUCUAAGCCCCCAAGUUUUUCAACUGUGGACAAGGGUUUAAGUGCAUUUCACCAAAACCAGUCCUUAAAUGAUAGUCAGCAGGAGUUAAGUCUCCAGGCUAGCACAACUGCAACCAAGGAUGAAACUGAGGAAAAUCUUGUUAAACCUAGCACAUGUGAUUCCAUGUUAGACAACGAUCAUCCAUCCCCUGCCGAUGAACAGGUAGAGAGUGAGGAAAACCAAAAUGGAGAAGAUUCUUACGUUCCAGUUAUAGCACCUGCUGAGGAUGGAUAUAACUGGAGAAAAUAUGGACAAAAGCAAGUGAAGAACAGUGAGCACCCAAGGAGCUACUACAAAUGCACUCACCCAAAUUGCCCUGUCAAGAAAAAGGUGGAGCGUUCUCAAGAGGGUCAUAUAACGGAGAUAGUCUACAAAGGUUCCCACAGUCACCCUUUGCCACCUCCCAACCGCCGGCCAAGUGUCCCGUCGUCACACGUCAAUGAUUUGCAAGCUGAUGGCUCUGAGAACUUUGGUUCCAAACCUGGUCAUAACACAGAAACCUCACGGGGAAUGGCUCCAAAUGACCACUUCCAAGAUGUGCACAGUGGAGGUCUUGAAAGAAAUCUGUCCGGUUCUCUUACCACAACAGAGAUUGCUGAUACAUGUAUUAUGGAGUCCCAAGAAGCUGUAGAUGUCUCGUCAACAGUCUCAUCCAAUGAGAAAGAUGACAGGGCAACCCAUGGUACCAUUCCCUCGACCUAUGGUGGGGAUGAAGAUGAGACUGAAUCUAAAAGAAGGAAGAUGGAGGUUUCUGCCACUACUAACGCUACCACCAAUGCCUUUGACAUGGCAGCUAUGGCAUCAAGAGCUGUCCGGGAACCUCGGAUUGUUGUGCAGACCACAAGUGAGGUUGACAUCCUUGAUGAUGGUUACCGCUGGCGCAAGUAUGGGCAAAAAGUUGUCAAAGGAAAUCCAAACCCGAGGAGCUACUACAAAUGCACUUACGCAGGCUGCUCAGUGCGCAAGCAUGUGGAGAGAGCCUCAAAUGAUCUCAAGUCCGUGAUCACCACCUAUGAGGGCAAGCACAACCAUGAAGUUCCAGCUGCCAGAAACAGCAGUGGGCAACCAAACUCCAGUUCCGGUGCUGCGCCACAGGGUAGCAACCUUCACCGGAGGCCAGAACCAGCACAAUCCAGCAUCCCACAGUUGAGUGCUGCUGCUGCCUACGGCUCACUUUGUCUCCCACCGCAACUCAACGCAGCUUCAGGUUGUUUCUCCUUCGGAAUGUUCCCGCCUGGCAUGGCGGUACCAGUACCAUCUCUGAGAACCUUCAUGCCAGCAUCGGUACCUGGCCAUCCUCCAAAAAUGCAGGGUUGUGCAGGGCUUGUCCUGCCAAGAGGUGAGGUGAAGGUGAACCCAGAGGAGCAGUCCCAAUUGCAGGUGGCAAACAGGAAUGCUUUGGCAGCUUACCAGCAGUUCAUGGGCAGGUUGCCUCAGGGUCCUUAGAUGUAAAUAGCAAAGAUGGUGAGAUAGGUGUGUUUCUUCUUGUGCACAUAGACAAUGUGAACGUUCUGUGGAUUCUUCUAUUGUAAUUCCUUCGUUUGCUUUCAGCCUUUUUUUUGUUGAAUAUUUGCUUUCAGCCUUUAGUGCAGAUGAUUCUGAAAGUAGUGGUAAGCAGAAAGAGGAAAAGGGGGAAGGGGACAACAUCUGAACUUGGGGUGAGCAAACCUUGGUUUUGCUGUUAUAUUAAUCGAAUUAUUCAGACAGGUCCA